AUGUCGGCCCAAGCAGCAGCGAGAGCGCCAUUCCGCGUAGGAGCCAAGCAGGUUUACCUGCCCAACUUCACAGUAACCCUCGUCCGCUCACCGCGCAUGCCCGCCAGCUUUGCCAAGUUCAUCGUGCCUCUCAGUAUGAACAAGCUCGAUCUCCGCGACUACCUCUACCAUGCCUACAACGUCCGUGUCGUCAGCGUCCGCUCCUACAUCGAUCAGCAAAAAGUCACACAGGGCAAGCCCAAUGCUCCCAAGAUGCAGAUCAAGCGAUGGUUCCGCCCGCGCGCCAUCAAGAAGAUGACCGUCGAACUGGAGAGUCCCUUUGUAUGGCCAGAACUGCCCAACAAGGAUGAAUUGAACGAGAACUGGAGCAAGGACACACACGACCAGGCCAAGACCGACAACGACAAGUACGCCGAGCAAAGAGGCAGAUUGGCAGACACAUACGUGGACAGGGGCGAGAGGAAGAGCAUGAGAGAACAGGCUAGGGCACUAUUGGAGAGGAGGGAACAGUGGAAGCCUGCCGAGGAGUUGGGCUUUGUCGCGCCAAAGAAGUGA